GAAGCACUCCCCGCCCCCGUGGGUCAGAGCGUGGAAGUCGCCGCCCGAAGAUGGCCGCCGCGGCGGGGGACGCGUGCGGAGCGGCGUUGGGAGCCCGGCCGGGGCUCGGGGCCGCGGCCGAAUCGCGGUUCAUCAGCAGCGCUAAGGGGAAGGGGCUGUUCGCCACCCGGAGCAUCCGCAAAGGGGAGGCGGUGUUCGUGGAGAAGCCGGUGGUUUCGUCGCAGUUCCUCUGGAACGCGCUGUACAACUACCGAGCCUGUGAUCACUGCCUGCGGGCUUUGGAGACAGCAGAGGAGAAUGCCCAGCGACUGCUGGGGAGGAGCUCUCUGGUGCUGCCUCACCCGGAGCAGUGCAGCAUCCGCAAAGACCUGCACCAGCAGUGUCCUCGCUGCCAGGUGACAUACUGCAGUGCUGAGUGCAGGCAGGCUGCUUUGGAGCAGUACCACCAAGUCCUCUGCCUUGGCCCAUCCCGUGAUGACCCCACACACCCCCUCAACAAGCUGCAGGAGGCAUGGAGAAACAUGCAUUAUCCACCAGAGACUUCCAGCAUCAUGCUGAUGGCCCGGAUGGUUGCCACUGUCAAACAGGCUAAAGACAAGGACUGGUGGAUCAAGGCCUUCUCCCAGUUCUGCAGUAAGACAGCAAACGAAGAGGAGGAAAUUGCACACAAGCUACUGGGGGACAAAUUUAAGGGCCAGCUGGAGCUGCUGCGUUUGCUCUUCACUGAAGCCCUUUAUGAUGAACAACUCAGCAGGUGGUUCACUCCAGAAGGCUUUCGAUCUCUCUUUGCUCUCGUUGGGACCAAUGGCCAAGGCAUAGGAACCAGCUCUCUGAGCCAGUGGGUGCAUGCUUGUGAUGCAUUAGAUCUCCCCAUGCUGCAACGAGAGGAGCUGGACGCCUUCAUUGACCAGCUCUACAAGGACAUUGAGAAGGAAUCUGGUGAAUUCCUCAACUGUGAGGGGUCAGGUCUCUACAUGCUUCAGAGCUGCUGUAACCACAGCUGCAUCCCCAACGCUGAGACAUCCUUCCCAGACAACAACUUCCUUUUGCAUCUGACUGCUCUGGAGGACAUUGAAGCAGGAGAGGAAAUCUGCAUCAGUUAUUUAGACUGCUGUCAGAGGGAGCGGAGCAGACACAGCCGCAACAAGAUACUCAGGGAGAACUACUUGUUUACCUGCUCGUGUCCCAAGUGCCUAGCACAAGCUGACGACCCCGAUGUGACAUCGGACGAAGAGGAGGAGGCUGAAGGGGAGACGGAUGAUGCAGAGCUGGAGGAUGAGAUGACUGAUGUUUGAUCUUGGCCUUGGGCGAGAGUAAAGAGAUGGGAUGGGACCGGGGGGGGUCCUGCCAGAGGCAGCAGCUUUAAUACUACAAACAGGGUUGUGUUGUGGGGUUGGGUGGGAGGCCGUGUGUGCCGGCAGAGGUCUGGCAGAGUGGGGCAGCAGGGGGAGCUGGAGGCAGGCCCUGCUUCCACCUGCCCUUGUGCUCUGUGUGUGUGUGUGUGUGUGUGUGUUUACCAGCCCAUCCAUUUCUCCCUUGUGAGGUUGUGAGCCAGCAGCCCCCCUGCCAUAUCCCAGACCCCAGGGGCCAGCUGGUGCUUGUAGGGGAAGCUGAAGGAGAGCAGGGCCCUGGGCUGGGGUAGGGGACAUGGUAGUGCUCGUGUUGUGGCCACCUCCGAGGCUCCUCCCGUGUCAGUGCUGGCCAUGGGUGUGGAGGAGCAUGUCCUUUCCUACCCUGCAGGGAUGAGGGGAAUAUGUGUGUGUACGUGUGUUUGUGCACAAGGGGUACUAUUUAAUGUCUAUAUUAGCACUAUCUACACACCAAGGAGCUGGGGUCCUUAUAUAUACUCCAUUCCAUGCCUUGACUUGGUGAGCAGCAAGCGAGGGUCAGAAUGAUCUUGCAGGUGGGACAGAGAUGCCUCAGGGGUGGCUCGGAUGCCAGAGUCUAGCAGGGAGAGAGGGGCUGACCCUGGCAGGGAUCUCCCUCCUGCCUCAACUUUAUCCUGGAUAUGAUGCAAAGCUCCAUGCAGCGAUUGCUGGGCUGUUUGGGGAGGGGGAGGUGCCACACUGCUAGCACAAACCUGACACAAAUUACCAUGUUGCAUAAGCAAAGCCAUCUCCAAAUCCCAAAAGCUGUUUUGGGUUUUGCAGAGUGAACUCCCCAGCUUGGGCUACGUUGGGAGGACUCAUAGGAGUGGCAGCCGUUGUGCUUCCACAUGUGAAGCAGUUUGUUCACAGCACCCCCAGCACGACAUUGUCACUGGCAGCCAAAUGUCACCCACCUUGCACUGCCAGCCACUGAUGCUGUGAGCAGCUCUGGGGUGUGCAGUGCCCAGCUGGAAGGAGAGGACAGCUCUAAAUGACAGACUGACAGCAGGCUGGGGAAGCACCCAGGGUAUUUUUUUUUUUCCCCAUCUUGGGUUUUGGGGAGGGUGCUUUUCUGCCACGUUUCCCUCGGGCCUGUGGGGUUUGGAUUGUGGGAAUGGAGGUGAUGCUGUGGAUGGGCACCUCUGACAUGACCAUCACUGCCAGCCCUGCACCCCGCUGCUUGUCCCCAGCCUCAGGUGUCCCAGGGCCACGCGCCCUUCAGUGUUCGUAAUAAACUGAGACUGGUGAGAACUGGGGCUGUGUUGUUUGUACUG